AUGGCUGUUGUGCAGGCCGCGUGGGCCAAACUGCGACAAGAACAAUCUGCCUCGGGUGUGGACGUUGACGCAGACGUGAACGGAGAUAAGGUUCCAGCUGAAGCUUUUCGACGGAAGGAGAAACGCGCCCAUCCUGAAGCUGAUGGUCCCGAUUGUGCGGUUAGCGGCAAGCCCGGACCGGGCGGUGCCUCCAAAGCCAAAACGGACGCCAAACCGUCCACAGGGGUUAAGCGGAGAAGAUCGGCGGCUGAUGAGUCGUCCGCAUCAAAACAUGCAUCAAACGACCAUCAGCAUCCGCCUUCUCCCGCAGCAGCAGACACGGAGGGCGUGGGUGUCUUUUCUACCCCUGGAGAGAGUACCGUGGUAGCUGAUCAGUUGGAAGAACUUUCCGGCCUACAGCGUGAGUUAGUAUUACUGAAGACGUUGGCGGUCCGCACCAAGGGACUGUUCGAAUGGGUGGACGGGCCCCUUGUGACCGCCAUGCGGAAGGGCGAACUGAUUCUUCUGGACGAGCUUUCCUUGGCUGACGAUGCCGUGCUCGAGAGACUGAACUCUGUCCUUGAGCCCGGCCGGUCGAUCACGUUAGCGGAGAAAGGAGGGGAGGGUGCCGUCGGCGGCCACGGCGCGGCGGAGACAGUUGUAGCUGCUCCAGGAUUCAGGGUGAUGGCGACGAUGAAUCCAGGCGGCGACUUCGGGAAGCGGGAGCUGUCUCCUGCGCUUCGAUCUCGGUUUACUGAGGUAUGGGUGCCGGCACUGUCAGAUCGAGAGGACAUGGAAGGCGUGGUGCAAAAGGCAUUCCGAUUCGGGAACAACAAUUCCUCCGCAAGCACGGACCUCACCAUCAUGGCCGGCCCGAUGCUUGACUUUGCUUGGUGGUUCAACAGCACGGCGUCAUCGUUGGGAGGCGGUCAUGGUUUAUCGCUAUCGGUCAGGGACCUGCUGUCAUGGGCGGGUUUCAUCAUCUCGGUUGUGAGGAGCUCGUGUCCCGAUAGGCGGUCGUCUGAACCGGGCCUGAGGCCGUGGGAGGCGUAUGUGCACGGGGCUGCCCUGGUCUUGCUGGACGGGAUGGGACUCGGUGCGGGGCUCUCGCCUUCUUCGGUUGUACGUCUUCGACAGGCCUGCGUCAAGGUCCUCAAGGGGCAGGUAAGGGCACGAAGUACGCCGGCGCAAUGGCGAUACCGAAUUGCCUCCCCAAACUUGAACGCACCAAAUGCAUAG